CUUGUUUUCUCACACAAUUAGCACUCACAAUAUGGAUACAUUUCCCACCCUUCUUUUGCUUCUCAUAUUGUUUUCUUGUGUUAGCCUCUCUGCUGCACACAACAUAACUCAAAUCAAAAGUGAUGAAUAUAUACUUCUUGCCUUCAAAUCCCACAUCACUUUGGAUCCUUCCAAUAUUUUGAAAAAUAAUUGGACCAGUGGAACCUCAUUUUGCACAUGGAUAGGAGUUACUUGUGAUUCGCGUCGUAGCAGGGUCACUAAAUUAAAUAUCUCUGAUAUGGGACUCGAAGGAAGCAUUCCACAGGAAAUUGGAAAUCUUUCUUCACUCGCUUAUCUUGAUAUGAGUGGAAACUCUUUUCAUGGUCGGCUACCAAAGGACAUUUGCAGUCACAAUAACCUUCAAAGACUCAAACUACUUGACUUGUCGUCUAACAAAUUGCAAGGAGAUAUACCGUCAAGUUUGUACCAAUGUCCACAACUUGAAAGUAUCGACUUGUCACGCAACAGCUUUGGUGGAUAUGUGCCUGCACAAAUUUCGAAUAUCACACUGCUUAAGGAAUUAGACCUUGGUGUGAACAAUUUGAGAGAUUUUGGGGUAAAUGGCAAAGCUACGGCUCUUGCGUCUAAUGAUAUUCUGCAGUUCCUCAGUAACAUGAUGAAUACAUAG